AUGGCCCGCAGCGACGUCUUCCGGUGGGCGUCGACGACCUCUAUGUCGGUGUCGACGGCCACCGUGCCUCGACUCCGAACGCUCCCGCUCGCGGUCCUUGGGCGCCCGCGAAAGGCUACGGGUGAGACGCGAGUACCAGUUGUCGCCCUGGCGUUCACGACGUCCACGACGGUCGUCGUCGUCGUCGCGAUGGCUGCCGUGGAUGUCAGCAGAAGGUACAUCGUAGCACUCGUGUCUGUUACCCAGAAAAAGAAGCAUUUCGUUUCAGCUCGUUACCAAACAGCGGAGAGUAAAAUGGGUAUACUGGUGAUUACGGUGGACCUAGAAUGCUGUCGCUGCAGAGACAAGAUCACCAAAGUCCUGGACUGCCUCAAAGAGGAGUUCUGCAUCGAGAAGGUGGAGUUCGAGGACAAGAAGGAGAAGAAGGUGGUAGUGGUGCGCGGGAAAUUCGACCCCGAGAAGCUCCGCAAGAAGGUCUGGUGCAUGGCUGGGAAGGUCGUGAAGGAGAUCAUCAUCGUGGACGUCUGGCCGAUUCCACCGCCACCCAAGCCUGACAAAUGUUGUUGCUGUGAGCACUGCAAGCCCAAGCCUGAGAAAUGUUGUCACUGUGACCACUGCAAGCCCAAGCCUAAGCCGCCUGAGGAAGCAAAGCCUAAGCCACCGCCGGCCAAAACACAGUACAAGUUUGUGCCGUACCCGUACCCGCUGCCGAACACCGGGAUGUGCCAGAGCUGGCCGUGGCAGUGCCCGCCUCAGCAGCAGUGCCAGUGCUGCGAGAAGCCGCAGCCUCCCCCGCCGCCACCGUGCAGCUGUUCGAGCCACGCUAGCUGUGGCUGCGGCCAGACACCGCCGGUCUGGCCUGUCUGGCCACCGCAGCCGCCGGUCUGGCCGCCCCCGUGGGCCGGCAGCAAUGUCGUUGCCGAUGAGAACUCGUGCUCUGUCAUGUGA